AUGUUGUCAAAGCCCUGGAAGGUGUCCUAUGCCAACGGCGACACUUACGAGGGAGAGGCGACGGGGCCCACUCCCGCGCAGAGUGUGCGCCACGGCUAUGGGGUCUACAGCUACAGCAGCGGAGGGCGCUACGAGGGAGAGUUUGUGGAGGACCGGAAGCAGGGCUGGGGCUCCUUCUUCUUUGAGAACGGCGAUGCCUACGAGGGGCAAUGGUACUGCGACCAUUGCCACGGCCGCGGCGUCCUGGUGCACUGGGCGCCUGACCAAGGGAUCCUGGUCUACGAGGGCGAGUUCCGGGAGGGUCAGCGCUGCGGCAGCGGGCGCCUCGUGUCAGAGAGCGGCGGGCUCUUUGGCACCUGGGAGGAUGGCUUGCUCGUGAAGGGGGCGCAAAUCGAGCUGGAGCCUGGGCAGAUGGCUGUCUCCGUGGUUGGCGAGACCUCCGAGCUGGGGCCCCACCCUGCGGAGUGGCAGCCCUCGGAGGUGGGGCGCUGGCUGCAGGCGCUGGGCCUUGAGGAGGCCCCUGAGCGGGCCAUGGCCUCCGGGCCCUCCGGAGGAGCGCAGCUCAUGCAGGCGCAGCCGGAAGAGCUGCUGGAAAUGGGCCAGGUGCCCAGCGGCGCGGAGCUGGCGGAGGCGUGGACGCACACGCUGGCGGCGGCCCACAAGGCGCUGCUGAGUGCCAGCGAGGACGUGAUGCCCCCCGUGGGCUGCUGGGAGCAGCUUCAGGUGGCCUUCCCUUCGAUCAAGCGCCGCCUGGUGCCUCUGGCGGAGCUCGCAGCUGAGCCCGGCGAGCGCCAGGCCGACUGGAAGGGCCUGGCAGUGGAGCUGCUGCCUUUGCCGGUGCAGCUGCCCUUCUCCCAAGGCCCUUCCCAGCCGCAGAAGGUGCGCUUCGAUGCAGCCAAAGACUGGGCGCAGGACCUGGAGCUGCUGUGCACGCUGCGGCACCCCAACCUGCGGCCGCUGCUGGGUAUCACGCUGCAGCCCUCGGAGAGCCCCAGCUUCGCCGGGCUGUCCCUCAUCUUUGAAGCUGCCAGGGGCAGUAGAUUGCUGUUCGAGGUGAUCCAUGCGAGCUUCUCGGACGGCAGCCGCCAGCACCUGGAUUUCAGGACGGAGCUGCAGAUCGGGCUGGGCAUUUGCGAGGCCAUGGCAGCGCUGGCGUCCCGUGGCCUCUGCCACGGGGCGCUGUGCUCCGUGAAUGUGGAGGUGCUGCAGACAGGCGGUGUUUUACAUGCCCGGCUUUGCGGCCACGGGGCCGGCUGGUGGCGCUUCGGCUGGCGGCGCUGCCUGCAGGUGCGUGGCGCUCAAGCGAAGCGCUGUGCGCUGAGUGUGGAGGAGGUGUGCCGCAAGUACGGUGUUUGCCCUGUGAAUUGGAUGGCUCCGGAGGUUCUGCGGGGGGAGAAGCUCCGACAAGCGUCGGAGGUGCACUCGUUUGGCCGGGUCCUGUGGGAGAUGCUCUUUAGGGCCGUGCCAUACGGCGAGUUCAGCAUCGCGCAGAUCGUGGCAGCAGUGGGCUACGGCCGGCACCAGCUGCGCACCUCCGCUGCGCCCUCGGCGUCGGCGGGUCGCGUCUUCCUGCAAGAGGUGGCGGAUCAAUGCAUGCGAUGGGACUUGGCUGAGCGGCCAUCUUUCUCCUUGCUGCUGGAGGAAAGCCUGCGCGAGACGAAGCAAGCCGAUGAGCGGCGCCGCGCCAAGGGCGUGUUGGGCCGCCUUGGGGGGAAGACGGAGGCGCUGCUUGGGCGCAGCCGUGCGGAGCCGCUCGGCGAGGGCCCUCGCAUGGUGCGCCUCGAGACAGGCGAGUGGCUGCGCGUGGAUGAGGACCUGGUGGAGCAGUACCCAGAUGACGAGGAGAAGUGGCGGACCCUCAUGGCUUUCCGAGCCAAGAUGGCUUCGCAGCCGGCGGCCGAGAUAGCUGCGCCGUGA